CAGAGCGGAACAGGACGCGCCGCCCCCUGCCCCGCACCACAAAGCCGGCGGCCGCUGUGUGGGGGGCGGUGCUGAGGGAGCGGAAGCUCUCGCGCCCCGCGCGGAAGUGCCGGCUGGGCUCUGGAGGCCAUGGCUGACGAGGAGGAGGACGUGCCGUUUGAAGAAGACGCAGAAGAAGCCGGCGGGGGCCUGGACGGCGGGCAGGGCAGGAGGAAGAGGCUGUUCUCCAAAGAACUAAGAUGCAUGAUGUAUGGAUUUGGGGAUGACCAGAACCCUUACACAGAAUCAGUGGACAUUCUUGAGGACCUGGUAAUAGAGUUUAUCACAGAAAUGACACACAAGGCCAUGUCAAUUGGGCGGCAGGGUCGUGUACAGGUUGAGGACAUUGUGUUUCUAAUACGCAAGGAUCCCCGUAAGUUUGCCAGAGUUAAAGACCUCCUGACUAUGAAUGAAGAACUGAAACGAGCCAGAAAGGCCUUUGAUGAAGCCAACUAUGGAUCGUGAUUGUGUGUGCAACCUGUACUGGGACAUUACUUGGGCACCUGCUGCCCAGAAGGAAGGAACAUCCUGUAUAUUGCUGGGAGGUAGUCAGGAUGGAGGCUUCCGCUGGGAUGUCUGCCCUCCCUCCCAGCCUUUUCUGAGAAGUAUGUGAGCAGCUCAAUGUUAUCUGCUUGUGGUAUAGUUAAGAUUUCUAUGUCAUUCUAUGAGUCUAAAGAUUCCUGUAAUGGCAGGAACUCUGUUUGAAGUAGGACUCUGUUGAAUCAGAUAUCCAGAAGGCUCCUGAUGAGUGAUUCUCUACAACUAUUUCAGUUAUCACUGGGCCUUCCUGUAGCAGAAAACCUAGAAAUUGGAUCUUGGUUAACUGGACAGUCUUCAAGCCCACAUUACUAUAGAAGUUCUGCUCUCUGCUCUGUACAUGCUCUUUAAAUAUAACAUACCAAGUUUGUGCCCACUCCUUGUAACAAAAAGUACAUUGAUCAUUUUAAAUGAGGUGUAUAAUAAAGGGGUUUUAGCACUGAA